GUGUGCUGGUGUUGAAAUGGCGUCGAGUUCAGUGAGAAUUGUUCUGCUGGGAAAGAAUGGCUCAGAAAACAACCAAGUGGGAAACAUCAUACUGGGAACAGAAGCGUUUCACAGUGAAGCUUCAUCAUCUUAUUCACAGCAGUCCAGUGUGAGAAUCAGUGGAGAGGUGGAGAAGAAACACCUCACAGUCAUCAACACUCCUCAUCUUCUCCAGCCACAUCUCUCACAGCAUGAGAUCACACAGAGAGUGAGAGAGUGUGUGUCUCAGUCUGCUCCAGGACCUCAUGUGAUCUUACUCGUCCUGCAGAAUAAAGACUUCACUGAGGAGGACCUGAGAAGAGUGAAAACUGUGCUGAACCUCUUCAGUGUGAAGGCCAUUAAACACACUAUAGUGCUGACUACUGAUGAAGACACACGCACAUACAUGAUUUACAAGACUGUAAAUAAUGCUAUUCAUAAUUUAGCAAAGGAGUGUGGAGGAGGAUAUCUUAAGUUUGAUGGAAAAAACGCAGGAUGGCGCUCUGAGAUGAUCAGAAAAAUAGAGGAGCUGCUCAAGAAAGAACAUGAAGAAUUUCUCGUCUGUAACAUGUAUGAAGAUGGAGGAACAUCAGUGGAUGAAGAUCCGAGGAGAUCUGGGGGUUUAUUCAGAGAAGAUGGCAAAAAGGAGGAUGGAAAACAGAAUACAAAAACAGCAAGUGAUGGAGGAGUGACUACUUCUGGAAAAACAAAGCUGAACAUUGUGCUGUGUGGAUAUAAUACAACACUCAAGAACUCAGUGUCUAAAAUACUUCGAGGGAUAACGAAUAAACCUCACACAGAGAUGAGUAAAGUGUGUGUGAAGAGACAGGUGAAGAUUAAUGGACGGCAGAUUACGGUAAUAGAGCUUCCGGCUCUCACUCGCCUCUCAGAGGAGGAAGUGAUGCGGGAGACUCUCAACUGUGUGUCUCUCUGUGAUCCUGGAGUUGAUGCUUUUGUCCUCGUUACUCCUGUCGGUUCACUGACUAAUGAAGACAGAGCAGAAAUGGAGAAGAUUAAAAGAAUAUUUAACUCUAAUGAGCACUUCAUGGUGCUUUUCACUGCUGAUCUUGCUGUUGACCAAAGUGUGGCAGAUUGUGUUUCAUCCACAGAAUAUCAGAAGGUCGUGAGUCUCUAUGGGAGCUGGUACAGUGUGAUCGGGUUGAAGGAUGAUAGAAACUCCAGAACGAUCUCAAAGGUGCUAGAUUGUAUAGACAACCUGAAGACUGAACCCUAUUCACUUCAGAUGUAUCUGAGAGCUCCAGAGAAGAGAGUCAGAGAUGAACUAGAGAAGAAACUCAGCGUGAGAGAGAAAGAAAUCACAGAGUUACAGGAGAAGAUCAAGACGCUGGUUCCAGAGGGUGUGAAGCUGAAUCUGGUUCUGUGUGGGACUAACAGAAGAUUAAAAUCCUUCAUAUCAAACCUGAUCCUGAACGCCGGAGACAGAAGAUCAGAGCCCGGAGAGUGUGUGAGGACAGACGUGGAGCUUCAUGGACGUCUGGUGUCUCUGGUGGAGCUUCCAGAUCUGAUCAACACACAGAUCUCAGAGGAGGAAGUGAUGCGUCAGAUUCUCCGCUGUGUGUCUCUCUGUGAUCCUGGAGUUCAUGUUUUCCUCCUCACUAUUUCUGAUGCUCCACUUAAUAAUGAAGACAAAGCAGAAAUGGAGAAGAUCCAGAAGAUAUUCAGCUCAAGAAUCAACAAACACAUCAUGAUCCUCAUAAACCAGAAUUCAGAGGAAAAGACAGAAGAACUGAAUGAAGAAACACAGUCUGUCAUUGAGAGUUUUGGAGGACAUCAUAUCAUCGGCCCCGACACACAAGUGUCCGUGUUAAUGGAGAAACUAAAGCAGAUGGUUGAGGAAAAUAAAGGUGUUUGUUUCUCCACAGAGACAUUGAUGGAAGUACAGAUGGAAAAACUGCAGAAACUUGAAGAAAUGAAGAAGAGAAUCCAUUCAUUACAGACAUGGUUUCAGUCAAAAGAUUCACGGGAGAGAGCAGAUGAUCUGAGGAUUGUGCUGGUGGGAAAAACUGGAGUUGGGAAGAGUGCAACUGGAAACACCAUCUUAGGAAGAGAAGCAUUUAUAUCGGAUACAUCUCAAAAGUCUAUUACUAAAGAGUGUCAGAGAGAAAGAGCUGAAAUCAACGGCCGACAUGUUACUGUGAUCGACACUCCAGGACUGUUUGAUACUGAACUUACUAAUGAGAAGAUCCAGCAAGAAAUCAGCAACUGCAUCUCCAUGAUCCUGCCUGGACCACAUGUGUUUCUCCUACUGAUCCCAGUGGGACGAUUCACUCAAGAAGAAGCAACAGCAGUGAAGAUCAUCCAAGAGACGUUUGGUGAGAAAUCUUUAAUGUACACAAUUGUGCUCUUCACCAGAGGAGACGAUCUGAAGAACAAACCCAUUGAACAGUAUCUGGGAAAUCCUGAACCUGCACUUAAAAACCUGAUUGAAGCGUGUGGAAACAGAUACCAUAUGUUCAAUAAUAAUCAGACUGAAGACCGAACACAAGUGUCUGAUCUACUGAAGAAGAUAGACAACAUGGUGAAAGAAAACGGAGACAGUUACUACUCAUGUAAGAUGUUCAGAGAGAUGGAAAGAGAAAUACAAGAGGAAGAAAUGAAGAUGCUCUUGGAGAAACAUGAAGAAGAAAAAGAGAAGAUGAAGACAAUAAUAGAGCAUGAAAAACAGAAAAGUAAGACAAUAAAAGAGAAAUGUAUAGAGAGAGAAAAAAUAUAUAAAACAGAAAUAAAAGAAAGAGCGGACGAAGAGAGAAAGAUGCGGGAAGAGAUGAAGAGAGAACGAGAGGAAUGGGAGAAAGAAAAGGAGAAAGAAAAACAGGCAAUGAGGGAUGAACAUAGUAAAGAGAUAGAGAGAAUGAAGAUGAUGAUGGAGGAAGAAAGACAGAAUCAUGAUAAAGAAAGAAAGAGAAGAGAAGAAGAGGAUGAGAGAAGGAGAAAAAUAGACAAGGUAACAUGGGAUGAAUAUUAUGAGAAACUUAAAAAAGAGAGAGAAAGAAGACAGAGAGAGAAAGAAGAUCUUCAGUUCAAACACGAAGAAGAGAAAGAGAGAAUGAAGGAGAAGAUGGAGAAAGAAAGACAGAAUCAUGAAAAAGAGAGAAAGAGAAAAGAAGAUGAAUAUAUAGAAAGAGAAGAACAGUAUAGAAGAGACAUUAAAGACAUAGAGGAUCUUGAAAGGAAGAUACAAGAGGAGAUGAAGAGAGAACGAGAGGAAUGGGAAAAACAGAAACAAGAGGAAAAACGAAGAAAAGAAGAAACACACAAUGCAGACUCACACCCUCAAGAUGAUGAAGAUCCACCAUCAGAUCCUGAAUGUUUGAGAAUCUUGCUGUUUGGGAAAACAGGAAAUGGAAAGAGCGCCACAGGAAACACAAUCCUCGGAAACAAUGAGUUUCAAAGUAAAGAUAAUAAAGGUUUGGUGACCACUGUUUGUAAGAAGGGAGUUGUUGAAAUUGAUGGUAAAUUAGUAGCUGUUAUAGACACUCCAGGACUCCUUGACACCUCACAAAAACAUGAACAAGUGGAGAAAGAAAUGAUGAAGUGUAUUUCACUGUCCGCACCUGGACCUCAUGUGUUCAUCAUUGUGUUGAGUUUGGGAAGAAUCACUCAAGAGAAGCAAGACACUUUAUACAAGAUAAUGAAGAUAUUUGGCCCAAAAGCAGCAGAUUUCAGCAUUGUUCUCUUCACUAAAGGAGAUGAACUGAAAGAACAGACAAUACAACAAUAUGUCGAGACAAGUACAAAUGAUGAACUCAAGAAACUGAUCAGUGACUGUGGAAACAGAUUCCUGGCCUUUAACAACCGAGAAACACGAGAUCGGACACAAGUUACACGUCUGUUAAACAUGAUAGAAGAGGUGAAGGAAUCUAACGAGGGCCGAUACUUCACUAAUGAGAUGUUUGAGGAGGCAGCGAUCCCUAUUGAAAACAGAAGGGAAAUGCUGGAAGAGAAUAAGAGAAAAAAUCAGGCUCAAGUUGAAGAAUUAGAAGACAGAUAUGAGAUGGAAAUCAAACACAUGAGAGAGAGACUAGAGGAGAAGAAACUAAAGACAGACGAGGAGAGAGAGAAACUAGAGGACAAGUUCAGAGAAAAAGAGGAAACACUGAGGAGAGAGUUUAAGAAGAAAGAAGAAUCAGACCUGAAGAAACAAGAGGAAGAGGAACAGAAGCGAUCAGAAGAGGAAGAACAGCGAAGAGCUGAAUAUGAUCAAACAAUAGAAGAGAUGGAGAGAGAGAUUAAAAAUCUGAGAUUACAGUAUGAUACACAACACAAACAAAGAGAAGAGGAAGAUAAGAAGAAAGAAGAAGAAUAUAAACAAGAUGAAGAAAAGAUGAAAACUGAGCAGGAACACAUAAUGGCAGAGUUAAGAAGAAAACAGGAAGAGGAAAUAAAAGAGGGAGAUUUAGAGGAACAAACGAGGAAGGAACAAGAAGAGAAAGAGAGAGAAGAAUGGAAGAGAAAAAUAAAAGAGGCGGAAGAUGAUGAAGAGAUUCAAGAGCGAAUUAAACGACAGCAGAGGGACUGGGAGGAAGAGAAUGAACGACAGAUGAGAGAACGAGAGGAAGAGGAAAGAAUGAGAAAAGAGAAACACGAGGAAAAACUGAGAGAAAAACAAGAAGAACUGGAGAAAAUGAGAAAGAGAUUUGAAACUGAAAGAGGAGAAGAAAGACAGAUGAUAGAGGAGGAGAAACAGAAACAUAAAAGAGAGAUAGAAGAAAAAGAGACAGAAUAUGAAGAGGAGAGAAAGGAAAUGAAGAGCCAUUAUGAUGAGCUGGAGCAAAAGAGAAAAAAGGAGUGGGAGAGGAGAAAACGAGAGGAUGAAGACAGACGAGGGGAUAAGAUAAAGAUAUGGGAAAAAAUGAUGGAAGAUCUGAAACAAGAGCAAGAAGAAGAGAUUAAGAGAAGAGAAGCAGAGGAGAGAGAAAUAAUAGAAACAAUAGAAAAAGAGUGUGAUGAAAUGGAACAGAAAUAUGAAGAGGAAAUAGAGAAGAUGAAGAAGAAACAUCAAUAUGAAGCCAGAAAACAAGAAAAAGAAUUCAAUGAUUUCAAAAUAAUUAAAUAUCUGCAGGUUCAGGAGCUCAAGAAGACCAUUAAACAACUGUAUGAAGAGGAAAAAAAAUGGUCAUGUCUUGUAAUGUGAAACAGUUUUUAACAUUAUUGAUGAGCCAGAUAAAUGUCUUUUCUUGUAUAUGUGAAUGGGGUUUUCUGUAUUUCUCUUUCUCUCUACAGGUGAAACUCCAAACAUUAUUAACUAAUAUAUUAUAGACUCAUUACAUGCAAAGUGAG